AUAAAAGUAUUGUCAAAGUCAUUCAUUAUACCUGGUCGUUACUUAAAUUCAAUGGCGGAGGAAAGGGCACAGGUGCAGGAGUUUAAGCUCGAUCCUGACUGCGAGCUACGUUUUGAAUUGGAGACGAAGAACGAAAAGGUUACACUGGAGUUGAAGAGUGGACUUGCUGAAGUUUUUGGCACAGAGCUGGUAAAAGGAAAAAAAUACGAAUUCAUAUGUGGUGCUAAAGUAGCUGUUUUCACCUGGCAAGGAUGCACACUAGAAUUAACUGGCAAAACUGAUGUUAGCUAUGUUGCUAAAGAAACUCCAAUGAGUAUGUACUUGAAUUGCCAUGCAGCCAUGGAAAAGAUGAGGGAAGUGGCUGAGAAAGAAGACAAAAGAGGUCCUAUUGUUAUGGUUGUGGGGCCAUCAGACGUAGGAAAGUCAACACUUUGUCGAUUACUGUUGAAUUAUGCUGUCAGGAUGGGUAGACGUCCUAUUUUUGUUGAUUUAGAUGUUGGUCAAGGUCACAUAGCUAUUCCAGGAACAGUAGGUGCCUUGCUUGUCGAGAGGCCAUCAAACGUUGUUGAUGGUUUCAGCCAACAAGCGCCUCUUGUUUUUCACUUUGGACUAAAAAAUCCUACUGGCAACUCGGUUCUUUACAAUUUAUUGGUCACAAGAUUGGCUGAAGUAUGUUCCGAAAGACUACAAGCCAAUAAAAAAGCCAAACACUCUGGAAUCAUAAUCAACACUUGUGGUUGGAUUAAGGCUGGUGGGUAUAAAAUGUUAACGCAUGCUGCACAAGCGUUUGAAGUUGACACAAUCCUAGUGCUAGAUCAAGAACGACUCUUUAAUGAACUAGUGAGAGACAUGCCGGAUUUUGUUAAAGUGGUCUUAUUACCAAAAAGUGGGGGUGUUGUUGAAAGAACUCAGACACAAAGGUGUGAAGCUCGUGAUCAAUCCAUAAGAGAAUAUUUCUAUGGCUCGAGGACACCUCUUUAUCCACACAGUUUUGAAGUGAAAUGGAGCGAAGCAAAACUUUUCAAGAUUGGAGCUCCGAUUUUACCUUCUUCUUGCAUGCCUUUGGGAAUGAAGGCAGAGGAUAAUUUAACGAAAUUAGUUGCAGUUACUCCAGGCCCAAGUCUCUUGCACCAUUUGCUAUCUGUAUCAUUUGCAGACUCUCCGGAAGACGAUGUUGUUCAAACCAACGUUGCCGGCUUUGUAUGUGUAACGAAUGUCGAUGUGGAACGUCAAACCUUCACGAUUCUCAGUCCACAACCCAGACCUCUGCCAAAUCACAUAUUGCUGCUCAGCGAGAUUCAGUUCAUGGACACACAUUAG